AUGAUCGGAAGUCUUUUCUUCAUCUUCAAUCGUCUGGUGGAGAUCGUGUUUUUGAUCCCCAUCAUCGGAAUGCUGGCUUAUUUCGUCGAUGGAUACCUCAAAGCCAAUAUCAUCACCCCCGUCUACAUCCUGGUCCUGUUCAUCGUCAGCACCAUCGCCGUAUUCUGGUGCUUCGACACGCUGAUCCGUCACUCCACCACCAAACGCUCGGCCGGCUUCGUCGCCUUCGUGGACCUGCUCUUCUUCGGCGCCUUCAUCGCGGGAGUAUACCAGCUGCGGUUUAUCGCCAAUGCCGACUGCGCGCACUGGAAUGGGGGUUCGGUCUAUAUCUCGCUAGGUCCGUUCGGCGCCUACGGCUCGCGCACCGAUAACCCGCUCUCCCUGGACAUCAACAAGACCUGUGCAAUGCUGAAGACGUGCUUUGCGCUGGGGAUCAUGGAGGUGGUCUUCUUCUUCUGGACUGCCUUCUGGGCGCUUUUCAUGUAUCGCCGCUCGCCUGAGGUGGUGGUCAAGGAGACGGUGGUGCGCCGCCGCAGCCAUAGCAGCCGUCGGGGCCAUGGCCAUCGUCGGCAUAGCUCGAGCAGUCGUCGGCCGCAUUAUGUGGUCUAA